AUGGAUGCCCUCGGUGUCUAUGUGCUGACCUUUAACUGUGCAAAAAAUCUUGUCGAUGUUGACGCGUUCGCGGACCACUUCUUCGAUGCACUCCCCGCGUCUGGUGCGGGGAGCUCCGCACCCGACCUAAUUUUCCUCUCGCUACAAGAGAUCGCACCCAUUGCCUACUCGUUCCUCGGAGGAUCCUACCUUUCACCUUACUUUGAUGGAUUCCACCGUGCUGUCCAGAAAGCCUCGGAAAAAAAAUGGGAUCAACACUACGUGAAUUUCCUCACCGACAACACGGGAAUGACAGGCCUGAUGCUUUUCGCGCGCGAUGACACCCUCGGCAAAAUCGCCUGGAUCGACACAGCCCACGUCGGCGUUGGAAUUCAGGAAAUGGGAAACAAGGGCGCUGUCGGUGCACGUCUAGGAUACGUUGUUCAAGGACACCCAUCCAAGACCGUGGAUCUCACUUUCGUCGCGGCCCAUCUCGCCGCUAUGGAGGAUUCGUACCAGCAACGGAACAUGGACUGGAAGAGCAUUGUUGAGCGCCUUGUAUUCACGCACAACAGCAAGAGACCAGCUGAGAGAUCGAGUGUGAAUGAAAACACUAGUCUUCUCGACUCCGCUGCAUCGGCGCACGCGGAGGGCAGUCGCAGAGAUCUCUUCGCGCCAAACGCCUACCUAUUCCUCGCCGGAGACCUCAACUACCGCACUUCGAACAUCGGACCAUCCAUUAAGGAGAUUGAACAAUUCCCCCGCCGCAAUGUCGCCCCCCAUCACCCGUCGCACUAUUCCCACCUUCUGAAGAACGACCAGCUCGUGCGCGAGAUGAGCUACGGCCGGACCUUCCACGGGCUGUCCGAGGCUCCGAUCGACUUCCCUCCCACUUACAAAUACUCGAAUGCUGCGCGCGAAGCUGUCCGCCAAGGCUCGGACACCGAUGAUCAUGAAUGGAAAUGGUCGAAUCACCGUUGGCCCAGCUGGUGCGAUCGAGUCCUUUACAUCGAUACACCCUCGUGGGUUGGUGAAGCUGGAAAUGUCAAGCCGAUUGCUUACGACGCACUGCCUCUCUUUGCGCAGUCUGAUCAUCGUCCCGUUGCGCUCGUUGCUUCGGUACCGCUGCGAUCCUCUGAUGCAUCAAACACCGAGAACACAGGUCUGGGUCCCCGAGCUGUGGCUCCAUUCUCUAUCGAUCCGAAUUGGAAGUCCAAGCGGGACAUGGCGCGACGAAAGGAGAUUGUUGUGGGUGCAGUUGCGCAUCUGGGACUGACCAGGGAAGGAAAUGGACUGCUGCUCGCGUCGCUGCUAGGUAUUAUCGGAGCGUAUUUCAUUCUUCGAUCUAUGCUGGAGAUUUGA